UGGAAUGGGAGUUACAGUUUCCGUUGUCUGAGGGCGUUUUUUCAAGUUCAGCACCAGAGAUUUUUUGGGUGGUGGCUGCUUGUUUUACAAGUUUAGAAUUCCACCAAGUUAUUGUUGAGGACACUGAUUUGAAGGAAUUAUACUAAUUUCCAAACUAUCGUGACUUGGGCCUUAUAAUCGAGGCUUCAAACCUUGUUUUUCCCCGUUGGGGCAACUAACGAGUGGUUUACCAGCUAACCGAUAAACUCAAAUUUUAGCUAGCUAGCUGAGAGAGGCGUCAGAUGCAGGCCAUCAAGUGUGUUGUAGUGGGGGACGGAGCUGUGGGUAAAACAUGCCUGCUCAUCAGCUACACCACCAACGCGUUCCCCGGGGAAUACAUCCCCACAGUCUUUGACAACUACUCUGCCAAUGUGAUGGUAGAUGGGAAACCAGUGAAUCUGGGUCUAUGGGAUACAGCAGGACAGGAAGACUACGACAGACUCAGACCACUGUCCUAUCCACAGACGGAUGUGUUUUUGAUCUGUUUCUCUCUCGUGAGUCCUGCCUCCUUUGAAAACGUCCGUGCCAAGUGGUACCCAGAGGUGAGACACCACUGCCCCAACACCCCAAUCAUCCUGGUGGGCACCAAGCUGGAUCUGAGAGAUGACAAGGACACCAUCGAGAAGCUGAAGGAGAAGAAACUCACCCCCAUUACCUACCCCCAGGGUCUGGCCAUGGCAAAAGAGAUUGGAGCAGUAAAGUACCUGGAAUGCUCAGCCUUGACACAGCGUGGCCUUAAGACAGUGUUUGACGAAGCCAUCCGGGCGGUCUUGUGUCCCCCGCCCGUCAAGAAGAGGAAGAGAAAGUGUUCACUACUCUAAACGCCGCAGACAGGAAGUAGGAAGUCACACUGCAGUCUGAGCUCACCUAUUGGUUGGGGGGGAGGAAGAAGAGGGUGGGGGAGUGUCUUAAGAGGGAAGAUUCUACAGAUGUCAUUUUUUUUUCUCUCUCGGAUUGUAAUUAGUACAUAGUACUUAAAUAUGAUUUUUAUUAUACAAAUCCUAGAAUUAGAGCUUUGUGAAAUUCCUGCUGCCUUCUAAAAAUAACUUUAAAAAAAAAUGUUCUUGGAAGAUACUAAUUGCUCUUUUCAAUUUCAGUCUCUUUCCACUCUUCUCGAGUCCAUAUAGUUUGUUUACAGACUUGAAUUGUGUAUAAUUGAGGUGUUGCCAAAAUUCCUACCGCAUAUAACGGUCAUCACUUUCUUGUAGCUCCAUGUACACUAAAUGUAAUGAUUUCUUCUUGUUUUUUUCUUUUGUACCAUGUGUGCGACCAUAAUUAGCAAAAUCUUAAAAUAUCCUUUAAAUGGUUCAAGAGAAAUUGAAGUAAACUCUUAAAAACAAA